GGUGGAGUUUAGCUCUGAGAAGAACAGGAAAGUCUCGUCCAAUGUUCAUGUCGCCGUAAAGGAUGACGGACACUAUGAAUUAUGUGUGAAGAGUUUGGAUUUUAAUCCAGGUUAGCUCUUUUUUCUGCGCCUCGAGAAUGGAGAGCGGCAAAUUGAGGACGCUCGUGCUGCUAGAGUUACCUUUGCUGUGCGUGCUCGUGCUCUCUGUGCAGGGUCAAGCUAGUCCAAAUCACGAGAAUGUGAUCGACCUUCUGGUGGCUUUGAACAUGUCCCACCACAUCGGCGGUGUGUCCAGACUGCAGAGUCCCAGCAGUGUGGUGUACAGACUUCGUUCCAGAGCCCCUCACUUGACUCUUCCUCAUGAAUACUCUGUCCUGUUGCACUCCACCAUUAAAGGUAGCAUGGGGGUGCAUCUGGUGAUGCAUCAGGCAAAGGGCUCUAGUGCUACUCUUUUCUCCAUCUCCUCUUCAUCCUCACCCACUCUCCAAAUCAUCUCCUCCACCCAAAACAAGUCUUUACGCUUGGACUACCAGACUGGAGAAGGGGCUAAGGACUUCUCUAGUCUUUUCUUCCCUGGAAGAAACCCUUUCUCCAGGGAUGAGUGGGUACAGUUGGCUGUGAGUGUGGAAACUGACAGGCUAACAUUUUUUGUUGACUGUCAAGAAGCUGUCGUUGUAUCGGCAAAAAGUGAAGAGAAGCUCAACCUGGAGCUGCCUCUAGAUGUUGUUGUCACUCUUGGCAGCACACCUGGAAGGAAGGACAGCAAAUUUAGUGGAUAUUUGAAAACAGCUGAGAUUUCAAAGACAGCAUAUCCAAGACGUCCCUGGCUCUGUGACAAUGUAACAGAUGUUCAUACUCCAUCUCGACCCGCAGACGCUCAUAGAUCAGCUUCUCCAACUGACAGCAGCCGACUGUUCCAGCAGGAUGCAGCUCCCAGUAAACCUCAGUCAAACCACAGGUCAGCAGUCCAAACCCACCAUUAUCCCCAUGACAUCCAGAGUGACCAGCUGCAGAGAGGUGUGCUGCUGGGACCCCCAGGAUCUCCUCAAGGGGUAAAGUCUGUUUCUCAGGCACAGAGGGAUGACAGGCUGAGGAAGCUGGAGAGGAGGCUGGAGGAGCUGGCUCUUAUGCUGGACAUGGUCAAAACUCAGAAUGCAGAUCUUCAGUCCCGUGUCCAGUACCUGGAGGGAUGUGAGUGUGUGAGGCCCCGAUGUGUGUGGGAGGGGCGUGAAGUUGAGGACGGACAGCAAUGGCAAAUUGACUUCAACACUGUGUGUACCUGCAAAUCAGGAGAGGUCACAUGCAGAGCUAAGAUCAAAGGGUGUGAGCUGGAUGGUACGGUACAUAACGUGUCCUACACCACUCUGGAUGGCUGUCAGACAUGUACGUGUAAGGGGGGUAACAGGGAAUGCUCCCCACUCCCCUGCCCUGCACUGGACUGCACAGAGAAGGAGAACAUACCUGGAGACUGCUGCCAGCGAUGCAGAGGCUGCGUCCAUUCUGGUGUUUCGUUUGAACACGGAGCCCAGUGGAGGUCCUCAGAGAAUCCCUGUGAAGUCUGCUACUGCUUGGAAGGUCGUGUCCGCUGUGAGAGGGAGCGGUGCAGCACCCCAUGUACAAACCCUGCUGUGCCUCCACCCAGCACAUGCUGCCCUGUUUGUCAAGGAUGUGGAGUGAAUGGCCACGACUUCCCAAAUGGAGCUGUGAUUCCUACUGGAGACCGUUGUCAAGAGUGUACAUGUGUGGUAUGUCAUACAGUUUCAAUUUCUUGGACAUUAUUAUGUUUUUAUUUGAUCUUAACAUGGUAUCUCUCCCUACAGAAUGGAAAUGUUGCUUGUUCCCCCCUUUCCUGUCCUGACUUGUCUUGUCGAAACCCUGUGCAUCAUGCUGGGGACUGUUGCCCACGAUGUGAGCAGUGUGAAUAUGAGUCAAAGGUUUAUCUAGAUGGACAGAAGUUCUCCUCCAGUAGAGACCCUUGCCUUCACUGUCGCUGCUCGGCAGGCGAAGUGUUUUGUGAGCAUUUUGAUUCAUCCUGUCCCACACUGAGCUGCAGCCAUCCUGCUAAACGCAAAGGAGAGUGCUGUCCUACAUGUGAGGAGUGUGAGUAUGACAGGAAGGUGUAUGCUGAUGGGAAAGCAUUCACUCCUGCUGGAAGUGGACCCUGCCUGCAGUGUAGGUGUAAGGGUGGGAAUGUUAUUUGCCGUGAAGAGAAGUGCCCCCCUGUCCAAUGCUCCAACCCCAUCAUAGACCCACUUCUCUGCUGUCCAAUAUGCAAAGUUUGUGUGUUGGAGGGAGUGGAAUAUGAGGAAGGCUCCAACUGGCACCCUGAGGGUCCCUGCUCCAGAUGCACUUGUGUGAACGGGGAGACUGUGUGUACACACACACAGUGCCCACCCACUGAGUGCCUGCAUCCCACUAAGGCCAGCGGCUCCUGUUGUGCAGUGUGUGAAAGCUGCACCUAUAACCGUCGUAUUUACAACAAUGGACAGAGAUUUACAACCCCUGACCAGCCCUGCCACAUCUGUACCUGUCAGUAUGGCAGUGUGGAGUGUGAGAAGAGACCCUGUCCUCCUCUCAACUGCUCCAACCCACACACACCACCAGGAGAGUGCUGCCCCAAAUGUCCAGAUUGCGCCUUUGAAAAUCGUGUCUUUUUGGAUGGAGAGGCGUUUCCUAACCCUGUGAGUGUGUGUGAGGAGUGUAAGUGUGUAAGCGGCACAAUCGACUGCCACCAAACUCAAUGCCCUUAUCCUCACUGUAACGCACCUCUACCUGGAACAUGCUGUCAGAACAACUGCAACGGCUGCAGCUAUGCGGGGAAAGAGUAUCCCAACGGACAGGACUUUCCUCAUCCUACUGACUCAUGCAGGACAUGUACUUGCAUAAAUGGAAACGUCCAGUGUCUGAUGAAGAGGUGUCCACCGCUGCCCUGCUCCAACCCAAAUGUGUUGCCUGGAGACUGCUGCCCCCAGUGUCCAGCUCCCCCUUCAGACUGUGUAUAUGAAAGACACUCCUACAGACACAAUGAGCGUUUCUACCACCCAACUGACGGCUGUCGCUCAUGUGUCUGCACUGAUGGGAACGUUCACUGUCAACGCAAGCCCUGCCCCUUUGCUGCCUGUUCUCACCCAAUCACACAGGAGUGCUGCCGGACCUGUGAAGGCUGCCUCUAUGAGGGUCAAGAGCGAGCUAACGGGGAGUCAUGGGAUGACCCAGCAGACCCGUGCGCAGUAUGUGUUUGUCCUGAGGGAUCUGUUCAGUGCGAGAGGAAGCGCUGUCCACCUACCAACUGUAAACACCCUGUCCAGAGACAGUGCUGCAUGUCCUGUGAUGGCUGCAUGUUUCAUGGUAAAGAAUAUCCUGAUGGCGUAGAGUUUGGUGACGACAAAGACCCCUGCAGAGUUUGUUACUGUUACGGAGGGGAGGUCGUGUGUUCAGAGAUGCCCUGUUAUGGAGACUGCAGCCAUCCUUACAAACCUCCCGGACAAUGCUGUGGGGAAUGUGAUCGCUGCUUCUAUAAUAACGCAGUCCUAACAAACGGACAAUCGAUCCCAGACCCUGGAAACCUCUGCUCUGAGUGUACCUGCCAGAGCGGAUCAGUGCGAUGUGUGAAAAAGUUGUGUCCGGCAGCUCUAUGUCCUCACCCUGUCACCAACCCCUGUGGAUGUCCUGUCUGUGAAGGUUGUCAAAUCCAAGGUGUGACUUACGUCGAUGGACAGACACUUCCAGGAGGAGAGGGCGGAUGCCAAGACUGCACAUGCUCAAGGGGGGAAGUGGUGUGUAUAAAGCGAGCAUGCCCUGCUGUACUGUGCCCACACCCUGCACUGGAUGGCUGUGCAUGUGGAGUGUGUGAUGGAUGCAACUUUAAUGGACGAGGCUGUUUUAAUGGAGAACGGUUUCCACAUCCAACUGACCACUGCCAGCUCUGCUCCUGUCUGAACGGUGCUGUGGUGUGUACCCGUGUGUCUUGUCCCAGUGUAUCCUGUGUGCAUCCAGUUACUCCCCCUGGUGAGUGCUGCCCUGUCUGCACGGGGAUCUGUCUCUAUCAAGGGAAAGAAUAUCAGUCCGGCUUGUCCUUCACUUCACCCUCUGAUCCAUGCUCAUCGUGCUCCUGUCUGAACGAGGCAGUGAACUGUCAGAGGAGACCUUGUCCAGUCCGGUGCUCCCACCCGUUACCUUCAGACUCGUGCUGUCCAGUUUGUGACUCUUGUCUGUAUGAGGGUUUGGUCCACCCUCACGGUCACACCUUCACUCCCUCUCCCAACCCCUGCCAGCGCUGCACCUGUGUCAGAGGCACCGUCACAUGUGUGCCCCUGGUCUGUCCUCCUACACCCUGCGCUCGACCAGUUACCAAGCCGGGACAGUGCUGCCCUGAGUGCACAGUAUGUACACUUGAUGGCCAGGAGUUCAGUGUUGGGCAGACAUGGCCCCUGAACUCAAACCACUGCUCCACCUGCACUUGCCAGGCAGGUGAGAUACAGUGUGCACCUCCUCAGUGUCCCAAGCUGCCUUGUAUGCAUCAAGUGACUGAUCCAGGAGCCUGCUGUCCUCGCUGCAGAGGUUGUGUGUACGGAGGAGAGGAGCAUGCUGAGGGCAGCAGCUGGUUUGCAGACUCCACCCCCUGUAUGACCUGCAUGUGUGUGGAUGGGGUGACCACGUGCUCUGAGGUGCGCUGUUUGUCUCCCUGUAUGAACUUCAUCAACGUGCCGGGGGAGUGCUGCCCUGUGUGUGCAGACUGUGUGUCCGAGGGCAGAGUAUAUGGCCCAGGAGACAGUUUCCAUCCAGCUGGUGACCCAUGUCAGAUCUGCACAUGUGAGGUGAUGCCGGAUGGAGAGCAACAUCUGAGGUGUUACAGGAAGCAGUGUCCAAGUUUGGUCGACUGUCCAAAGAGCAACAUCUUGUUCUCUGGACCAGAUUCCUGCUGUCCUGUCUGUGCUCAGCCUCUCAGUAACUGCACGGCUGCACUGAUUGGCAACGAGGUGCUGGCGACAGACGACCCUUGUUUUACAUGCCAUUGCAAGGACCUGACAUGGACCUGUUUACACCAUACCUGUCCCCCACUCACCUGCCCUCAUAAUGAGCAGUUCACCCCUCCGGACUCAUGCUGCCCUGUGUGUAAAGAUUGCAUGAUUGAGAGCCAGAACCAACGUGUCGCCAAUGGCAGCAGAUGGACUGACAGCGAUGAUGACUGUGUCACAUGUACCUGUAACAUGGGUUACAUCGAGUGCAGCAUUGAGGAGUGUUUACCUGCUGAUUGUCCGAAGGGUCAUAAACAAGUGAAGAUUCCAGGGAAAUGCUGCUAUGAGUGCCAAGACACAGGCGCGUCAUGUUUGCACCAGGGAACAGUGUAUCAAUCCAACGAAAGGUGGGACGUGGACGAGUGCACGGGCUGCAUGUGUGUGUCUGGAGACGUACACUGUCACAGUGAACGCUGUCCUCCCCUCACCUGUGCAACAGAUGAGAUGCCAGCUAUCGUCCCUGGAUUGUGUUGUCCUCACUGCCUUCCUCGUCCAGCCACCUGCAUUGCUUUUGGUGACCCUCAUUAUAACACCUUUGAUGGACGCAUGCUGCACUUUCAGGGAGCGUGCACUUACGUCCUGGCGCAGGACUGUGAAGGUGGAGACUUCAGUAUUCAUACUACAAAUGAGGAUCGUGGCCGUAAAGGAGUGUCCUGGACUAAAGAGGUGACUGUGUUUAUUGGAGACCUCACCGUGCAGCUCCUCCAGGACUGGGUUGUGAAGGUGAAUGAUGAGGUUGUGACUUUGCCGUUUCUCAGAGAACCAUACAUCUAUGUAGAACGACAAACCAACACCAUCUUACUCAACACCAACAUUGGGCUGAAGGUGCUGUGGAGUGGGCGUUCACAUCUGGAAGUGAGUGUGCCAGGCUCCUACAAGGGUCACACCUGUGGGCUCUGUGGAAACUUCAACAACUACUACCAGGACGACCUCCGAAUGCCCAGCGGACGCAUCAGUCUGUCAGAGUCUGACUUCGGAAACAGUUGGAGGGUCACAAAUGGCAGCCACUCCCUCUCAUCAUGUCGGCCUGGUCAGGACGUGGACCCCUGUAAAGAUGCAGGAUACCAGGCCAAAAAGAGUGCUAAUGCUCGCUGUAAGGUGCUAAAGUCUUCAGUGUUUAAGCCGUGCCAUCGCGUGGUUCCACCUGAGCCCUGGUACGGGGCCUGUGUGUACGACCUCUGCGCCUGCGGGGCCAACUCUGACGAGUGUCUGUGUGACACGCUGGAGGCCUACGCCAGCCAGUGCCGAGACGCUGGAGUAGUCUUGCAGUGGAGGAGCCCCUCACUCUGUGCUGUGGGCUGUCCAGUGGAGAGGGGCUUUGUGUUUGAUGAGUGCGGACCCCCAUGUCCUGUAACCUGCUUUAACCUUGAUGUACCACUGGGGGUGAUAGAGAGCCACUGCUUCAAGCCUUGUGUACCAGGCUGUCAGUGUCCUGCUGGUCUGGUUCUGCACAACAACUACUGUAUACAGCCUGAGAAGUGCCCAAAGAUCAUCCAUGAUAACCCUUCAUAAAGCUUGAACUGCUCCUAUGAACAAUUACCUACACCCUGGAAAACACACAUGCACUAAUAAUAAACAGUCUCCUGAAGGACUGCACACAUGUUUGCUUAACAAGUCUGAAACAGCAAAAUAUCUCAACACAUCAACCUCUGUGACCCGUGGAUUUAACAAAGGACUGAUUGGAAAAACUGCUUUUAACUGUUUUUUUUAUGUUAUUGUUACAUAUAGCACUGAUAUUUAUACUAGACAGGGGUUUGUUGUUUUUAUUUCACUGGUAUUGAUUCUGUUGUGUUUUACACAUUUUUGUGAAAAUGUCCACAUUUUCUUCAUGACAUCAACAGUAUUACUUGCUAUAAAAAUGUUGUUUUACUGUAAAGGCCUAUUUCAGCACUGUGUGGUGUGUGACUGAAACUACAGUAGGCCACAUUGUCUCAGGCUAUCUUUUUUCCUUUG